AUGCCAACAUAUGAAACCAUCUUCACAAUGGACUAUUUAGAUAUGUUUAUUCGAGAGACCCUUCGAAUGUUUCCUAUUGCACCAAUGGCGAUUAGUCGUCAAAGUACCGAUAGUUUUUGCCUCAAAGACUUUGGUGCCGUACCGAGAGGUACACUGAUUACCGUCGAUAUGUAUAAUUUGCAUUACAAUCCAAAUUUAUGGGGUCCCGUGGAUCCACAUGAGUUUCAUCCCGAAAGAUUCGCCACUAAACGACAUCCAAUGGCAUGGAUUCCGUUUGGAGCUGGACCGCGUAAUUGUGUGGGCAUGCGUUUUGCUCUGCUAGAAAUGCAAAUGUUACUUAUUCGACUGUUGAAAGCCUACACACUAAUCGACUGUGGGGAGAAAGCACGCAAACCAUUCCAACAACUCGAAGAAAUGCCUGUCAUUACACCUAAAGAAGCCAUUGUCCAACUCCAACGCAGAGAUGAACAGCAUUAG